AUGGAGAAUCAUGGUUCGCAUUCUCGAUACCCUCCUUAUUACCCAGGAACUCCUCCCAAUUCAGAUCCAUAUCCACCUCCCGGUCCUCCCCCUCCCCAAUCUUAUCAACACUAUCCUUACCCGCCACCGCCUCAUCACCAGGGCUCAAUGUCACACUCGGGUCCAUUGGACUAUAGCCACCGUCCACCACAGCCUCAUCACCAGGGUUCAAUGUCACAUUCCGGUCCAUUAGACUACAGCCACCGUCCACCACCGUCUCCUCAUUAUUAUGAUCACCAAUACCAACCUGCUCCUCCUCAGCCUUACCCUUACACCAACCCUUAUCCUCCUCAUCAACCAACACUUGAGCCACGCCCUAGCUUUGGCAGCUAUGGUUCGUAUCAAGAGCCAGCCCUGUAUCCACCACCACCUCCCCAAGAUGGUGAGAAUUUAUCAUCUUCCCCACCUGUAUACCCUCCUCUCCAUGACCUUAUGGGCGGUCUCAGUGUUUCUGUCAAUCAGCCAACUGUGCCAGCAUCCCCACCAGCCCCCUCUGCUCCAUUUGUAUCUUCAAACUCUUGGCAGGGCGGCUCCUACGAACAGCCUCCUUAUAACAACUCCUUUUCAAGUCAUUCUCAUUUGUCACACUCGGGCAGGCUAGAUUCUUCAACUCACUCUCAUUUAUCACACUCGGGCAGGCUAGAUUCGUCUAGCCAUGGCUAUUCACCUUCCGGAUCGCCACAUCAUAGUCCGGGUAUGCAGAUUGUGCCCUUUGGCAAAGCCUCCUUGAAGGUCCUCUUGCUACAUGGUAACUUGGAUAUUUGGAUUUCUCGUGCAAACAACCUCCCAAACAUGGACAUGUUCCACAAAACAUUGGGUGCUGUGUUUGGGAGCAUCGGCAACGUGAUCGAAGGCCAGCUGAGCAAGAAGAUCACGAGUGAUCCCUACGUUUCCAUAUCGGUCGCAGGUGCAGUCAUAGGAAGAACAUACGUCAUGAGCAACAGCGAGAAUCCAGUCUGGCAGCAGCAUUUCUAUGUCCCUGUCGCCCAUCAUGCUGCGGAGGUCCAUUUCGUCGUCAAGGACAGUGAUGUUGUGGGCUCGCAGCUUAUCGGAAUCGUUACGAUCCCGGUUGAGCAGAUUCACUCAGGUGCAAGAAUCGAAGGAAGUUACUCGAUUCGGAGCAGCAAUGGGAAGCCUUGUAAACCAGGUGCGACUCUCACGUUGUCGAUCCAGUACACCUCAAUGGAUAAACUCAGUGUUUAUCACAGCGGAGUCGGUAGAGGUCCUAAUUACCAGGGAGUCCCUGGAACGUAUUUCCCUCUCCGGGAAGGUGGGAGUGUGACACUGUACCAAGAUGCGCAUGUACCUGAAGGGAUGCUCCCGAGGAUAAGACUCGGCAAUGGAAUGUAUUACGAGCAUGGCAAGUGUUGGCACGAUAUGUUUCACGCCAUAUGUCAGGCUAGGCGUUUGAUUUAUAUUACAGGUUGGUCAGUGUGGCAUAUGGUCAGGCUUGCUCGGGAUAAAGGAGAUCCUGCGUCAGAAUGCACACUUGGUGAGCUCCUAAGAACAAAGUCCCAAGAAGGUGUGAGAGUCUUGCUUUUGGUUUGGGACGACCCAACUUCACGAGACAUCUUGGGAUAUAAAACAGAUGGGGUGAUGGGAACACAUGACGAGGAGACACGCCGUUUCUUCAAGCACUCGUCAGUUCAAGUUUUGCUAUGCCCUCGAAAUGCUGGAAAGCGACAUAGUUGGGUCAAACAAACGGAAGUUGGAACAAUCUAUACACACCACCAGAAAACAUUGAUAGUAGAUGCCGAUGCUGGGGGCAACAGAAGGAAAAUCGUAGCUUUUGUAGGCGGACUUGAUCUUUGCGAUGGCCGAUAUGAUACUCCUCAACAUCCCUUGUUUAGGACUCUGCAAACAGAACAUAAAGGUGACUAUCACAACCCCACUUUCACGGGUAACGUCUCUGGUUGUCCAAGAGAGCCUUGGCAUGACUUGCACAGUAAGAUUGAUGGCCCGGCGGCGUACGAUGUGCUGACCAAUUUUGAGGAGAGAUGGCUCAAGGCUGCCAAGCCUCACAGAAUCAAUAAAUUGAAGACAUCGUAUGAUGAUGCUUUGCUCAGGAUUGAAAGGAUCCCAGAUAUAGUAGGAGUCUUUGAUGCUCCUACUGUUAGUGCAAAUGACCCCGAGGCUUGGCAUGUUCAGAUCUUCCGCUCAAUCGAUUCAAACUCUGUGAAAGGUUUCCCAAAGGAUCCAAAAUAUGCUACAAGCAAGAACUUGAUGUGCGGUAAGAACGUGCUCAUCGACAUGAGCAUACACACUGCAUAUGUGAAGGCCAUCCGUGCAGCUCAACACUUUAUCUACAUGGAGAACCAGUAUUUCAUUGGAUCCUCCUACAACUGGAAUGCUCACAAGGACAUAGGUGCCAAUAAUCUGAUUCCUAUGGAAAUUGCUUUGAAGAUUGCUGAAAAGAUUAAGGCAAAUGAACGGUUUGCUGCAUAUAUCGUCAUUCCAAUGUGGCCGGAAGGAGUUCCAACCGGCGCCGCUACACAGAGGAUUCUGUAUUGGCAGAACAAGACGAUGCAAAUGAUGUAUGGGACUAUCUACAAUGCGUUGGUGGAGACUGGGCUCCAAGACAAAUUCUCCCCACAGGACUAUCUGAAUUUCUUCUGUCUUGGAAACCGAGAAAUGGCGAGCGAAGCAAGCACAGCAAGUCCAAGCAACGAUAACACUCCUCAGGCGUCAUGUCGAAAGAGCAGAAGAUUUAUGAUAUAUGUUCAUUCGAAAGGGAUGGUCGUGGAUGAUGAGUAUGUGGUGAUUGGAUCUGCAAACAUAAACCAAAGAUCAAUGGAAGGCACGAGAGACACGGAGAUUGCAAUGGGAGCUUAUCAGCCUCAGCAUACAUGGGCAAGACAACAAACUGGUCCUCGCGGUCAGAUCUACGGGUAUAGAAUGUCGCUUUGGGCAGAACACAUGGGAAGGUUAGAUGAAAGGUUUGAGGAGCCGGAGAGCAUAGAGUGUGUAAGCAAGGUGAGAACAAUGGCGGAGGAGAACUGGAAACAGUUUAGGGCAGAGCAAGUGACGGAGAUGAGGGGACAUCUCUUGAAAUAUCCGGUGGACGUGGAUGGGAAAGGCAAAGUGCGGCCACUUGCAGGAAGCGAGGAGUUCCCUGAUGUUGGUGGAAACAUUGUCGGUUCCUUCCUCGGCAUCCAGGAGAAUCUCACAAUCUGA